AUUGUGGGCCCGGAAGUGCGGCGCAUGCUGCUUUGAGCAUCAUGGCUGUGUCUCGCUGUCCACGGAGGCGACUGGCGGAGUUAACAGUCGACGAGUUCUUGGCCUCGGGCUUUGAGUCGGAAUCCGAGUCGGAGCUGGAGGACAUCAAGGAGCCUGCGGCGAAGGAGAAAAAAGGGCAAAGAGCAGUCGCUAACCGGGAGCAGCGGGGAGCGCACACCUCACCCAGCCUGCAUAAGGGGCGUGCUUCUGAGCACAAAGACCAGCUCUCUCGGCUCAAGGACAGAGACCCUGAGUUCUACAAGUUCCUGCAGGAGAAUGACCAGAGCCUACUGAACUUCAGUGACUCAGACACCUCUGUGGAGGAAGAAGAGCAAUUCCACUCCCUGCCAGAUAGGCUGGAGGUGAAACCUGGCAGACCUGGGCAUUGGGGCACCUAUGAUUUCUGUACUCUUUCCCAGCUUUGUUCUUUUGAAUCUGGUACAGGAAACAAGUGAAACGGAGGAAGAUGGAGGAGGGGACAGUGACACAUUGCCCAGAGGGCUGCAGAGGAAGAAGAAUGAGCCUGUACCUGUGACCCUUGCCAUGGUGGAGAGGUGGAAGCAGGGCGCCAUGCACCACCUUACUCCCAAGCUGUUUCAUGAAGUUGUACAGGCAUUCCGGGCAGCUGUAGCCACCACCCAAGGAGACCAGGAAGCUCCUGAGACUUGCAGGUUCCAGGUCACAGACAGUGCUGUGUUCAAUGCUCUGGUUACCUUCUGCAUUCGAGACCUCUGUGGUUGCCUUCAGAAGCUACUGUUUGCAAAGACAGUAAAGGAUAGCAGCCGGAUGCUGCUGCCCUCUAGUAGCCCACUGUGGGGGAAGCUUCGUGUGGAUGUGAAGACAUAUCUGAGUGCAGUUGUACAGCUGGUCGCCUCUCUGGCUGAAGCCACGGUGUCUGCCGCUGUCCUGCAGCAUAUCAGCAGCUUGGUUCCUUACUACCUGACUUUCCCUAAGCAGUGCCGAAUGCUGGUCAAGAGGAUGAUAGUUCUGUGGAGCACGGGUGAAGAAUCUCUGCGGGUCCUGGCCUUCCUGGUACUCAUCAAAGUCUGCCGGCACAAGAAGGAAUCCUUUCUUGGUCCCAUCCUGAAGCAAAUGUACAUCAUGUAUGUGAGAAACUGCAAGUUCACCUCUCCCAGUACCCUCCCCCUCAUAAGCUUCAUGCAGCGGACACUGACGGAACUGCUUGCCCUGGACCCCAGCGUCUCCUAUCAGCACGCCUUCCUCUACAUCCGACAGCUUGCAGUCCACCUGCGUAAUGCUAUGACCACUGGCAAGAAGGAGACAUACCAGUCUGUGUACAACUGGCAAUACGUGCACUGCCUGUACCUGUGGUGUCGAGUCCUGAGUGCCCUUGGUUCCAGCGAGGUCCUGCAACCCUUACUCUACCCUCUCUCACAGAUCAUCAUUGGCUGUAUCAAGUUGUUGCCCACUGCCCGCUUUUAUCCGUUACGCAUGCAUUGUGUACGUGCCCUGACACUGCUGUCCCAGACCGUCGGUACCUUCAUCCCUGUUCUGCCCUUCAUUCUCGAGAUUUUCCAACAGGUGGACUUCAAUAAGCGGCCAGGCCGCAUGAGCUCCAAGCCCAUCAACUUCUCUGUGAUCUUGAAGCUGUCCAGCACCAACCUGCAGGAGAAGGCAUACCGGGAUGGUCUGCUGGAACAGCUGUAUGACCUUAUUAUGGAAUACCUGCACGGCCAGGCCCACAGCAUCGCUUUCCCGGAGUUGGUGCUGCCUACUGUUCUACAGCUGAAAUCUUUUCUCCGGGAGUGCAAAGUGGCUAACUACUGCCGGCAGGUGCGUCAGCUGCUGGAGAAAGUGCAAGAGAACGCAGAACACAUCCGAAGCCUUCGACAGAGAGUGACCUUCAGUGUGUCUGACCAGCUGGCAGUGGAUGCUUGGGAGAAGAAGGUCCGUGAAGAGGGGACCCCUCUCACCAGAUACUACAGCCACUGGAAGAAGCUGAGGGACCGUGAGAUCCAGCUGGAGAUCAGUGGCAAAGAGCGGCUAGAAGACCUGAACUUCCCAGAGAUCAAAAGGCGGAAAGUAGAAGACAGGAAGGAUGAAGACAGGAAAGAAUUAAAAGACCUGUUUGAGUUGGACAGUUCUGAGGGAGAGGACAGCACAGACUUCUUUGAGAGAGGAGUUCCUGGGCUCCUGGAAUCUCACAGAGGAAUGAAAGAAGGAGGUCAGGAGGAAGAACAUAAGGAAGAUAGUGACAGCAGUUCAGAGGAUGGAGACACAGACACAGGGGUGGAUCUGAGUGAACUGUGGCAGCUGGCUCAGGGACCACAGGAUGAGCUAGAGGAUCUUCAGCUCUCAGAAGAGGACUGAGGGCCUCCUGCCAGCUCCUGGAGGCCUUGAGGACAACAACUGUUUUGCAAGAGGACAGGAGACAGUAAACAGGGUUUUAUUGUUACAGCACAACAGAACAAGUGUUCUAAGAGCCAUUAUGACCCUGAAAGAGAACUAUUUCUGCAGAGCCUUCUGCUGCCCCAAGCAGGAGGCUGACCCUGACCUACAGAGUUGUCCCAGUUCAGAGUGGGGAGGGUGGCUCCAUGGCCUCUCCACUUUGUCUUUGGUUUGUCUGCAGACCUCUGCAGUUAUCCCUAGAAGGUGAAUCCAUUACUUUCUUAUUAAGCCAUAUGUUUUCCUUUUAAAAA